AUGACAGACACAGGUUUUGAAUGCUCUCUUUGUAUGAAAUUAGCCAUCAAAGCUUAAAUAUGUGAAAAGUGUGGUUCUAUGUACUGCAAGGUCUGCCUCCAGGAAAUAUUUGGGAAAAACUAUGAAUGUGUUUAAUGCCAAUCAAUCUAGUUUAGAUCUAUUAAGAAGUCUGCUUUAAAAGAAGCUUAUAAUGAAAUUCUCACUAAAUCAUAGUUAGUCCAAGCCAAAAAGGUUGAGUAUGCCCCUCUCAAGUAAGUCAAGUAGGCGAUAGUAGAUUAACCAAUGCAGCAAAUACUAAUAUAAGCCAAUUGUCUAAACUUUGAGAUUUGCCACCAAAGCAUUAAUUAAUAAUUCAUAAAUGAAAAAGUAUGUAGUCUGGAAUGUUUAUAUUUCUGUAAAUUAUUUCCAUUUGUCGAAUAAAAAGAUUUUGCAAGGAUUAGAAAAGAAAUUAUUAAUUUAGAAUAAUCUAUUAAAAAUAAAGAAGUAAUACCAAUUUUUCCAAAGAUGCCUUAGUCUCUCGCAUUUAGUUAAACUGGGCUUACUAACUUUAAUUUUGAUAAAUGCGGUCAAGGAAUCGUAAUUAAGCAAUCUGUCAUUACAUUACAAGAAGAAGAUUACACUUUUAAAACUGUAACUAGUUCUGUAGGGUUCUAAAAAGGAAUUCAUUUUUGGAAAAUUAUUCCUCUGGCUAUGACUAAAAAUGAAAUGAAAAUUGGAGUUUCAACAUCUGACAAAUAUGAGCUCAAAACAGCUUUUUCUGACUACAAUUUCGGAUAUGCUUAUUAUACUGUAGGCUAAUUUAGAAAUGGAAGCAAUGCGAAUGGUUUUGAAUAUGGAGAAAAAUUUAAAAACAGUGGUGAAGUUGGAAUACUCCUCGAUAUGAAUAGAGGAGUUCUGGCAUUUUCAUACAAUGGCUAUUUCUUGGGCAAAGCCAUCUCCUCAGAUUUACUUAAAAAAGGUCCUAUCUAUCCUUGUGUUGCCUUACUUCAUCAAGCUGGGUUUGAAUAUAAAUGUGGAAUACCAAUUCCGUAGAAUCUACUUGAAUAGUUUUUAAAAUGA